GAGACGGUGUAAGCAACCUCCAUCGUCGUCGUCAAACCCUAUCUUGCUUCGCAUUCGCACCUUCUCAAUCACUUUGCCCCCAAUUCCAAAAUUCCAAUUCCUAACCCUAACCCUAAAGCCGAAGCUUCUGAUGAAAUUCGACACGCUAAACUCCACGGUUUCAGAACCAGGUUCGAUUCUUUAACCCUCAAGAAUCCCUUUCUUCUCUUUGCAGUUUUUCCAUGGAGGGCUCUGCAGAGGAUCUGGGAGCCCCGGAGUCAUGGGAGGUCGCCGAUUUGGACGAGUCCAUGAACCGCUUGAACCUCAUCCUCUCCUCCAACAAAGAUUCCAUGCCUCACGGGCGCGCUGACGAUUGUCCGCCGCCGCCGCCACCACCUCCUCUUCCUCCCUCCGGUGGCGACAAGUUAUCCGAUGACGUCAUCAACCAGGUUGAUCAGUUCCUUCGCGAAGCGAUUCAGAACCCUCGCGAACGCCUUUCAAUUUUGAGAAUGGAGCAAGAUGUUGAGAAUUUCAUCCGCGAUCCUAAUCAACAGCAGCUUGAAUUUAAGCAGCUUCCUACAUCCUAUUUAAGGCUGGCUGCACACCGAGUGGCUCAGCACUACUCAUUGCCGUCAAUGGUUUUACUGGAUAAUAGUUUGCCAGAUGGGUCUGGCUCAAGAAUUAUUGUUCGCAAAACCUCUGAAUGUAAGCUUCCAGUUAUUCGCCUUGCAGACAUUCCAGUAAAGUUAUCAUCGGAAAACAAUGCUGUCAUGAAGGUUGCAAUCAAACAAAGGCCGCAGAAGCGGAACCAGGUUCUUAGCAAUGCAAAUUCAAACUCAGUGAAGAAUAGUAACUCAAAGAGUGUGGAAGAGAGAAAAGAAGAAUAUAAUAGGGCUCGAGCUAGGAUUUUUAGUUCAAGCAACAAUGGUGUUACUGUAGGUGGGAAGCCAGAAUGUGAGUCAAGGCAGCUGGAUAAUUCAUUGCAUGGUUCAUUGGGCGUUUCUAGGGUGGAAGAUAAAUCUACUUCUGUAUCUGAUGUCAGUUCCAGUAGGGGGCUGAUUGAGCCUUCGACAAAUACCAGUAGGGGGUUGAUUGAGCCUUCAACAAAUACCAGUAGGGCUAGAAGUAGGACAGAGAAGGAGCCAGUUGGUAGGAACCGGCAAAGUAAUAGGGUGGCCAUAUUCCGUGACCGUGAGGUUGACCGCAAGGAUCCUGAUUAUGACAGGAGCUAUGAUAGCAGGUAUAUGCAAAGAUUUGAUCCUGGGUUUGGAUUCAAUGGAGGAUCAUACACAGUGCAGCCAAUGUAUACAGCAGUAUUGAAUUACAAUACUGAGUUUCCACAGCUUGGAUCUGCUCAUAGACCCCAGCUUUCUACUGAACACCAACCGCGACCUCUUCCACAGCAUAUACCUGGGCCAUGGGCUGCACAAUCAACACCUGCUGGAAUUGGAUAUGGACAUCCAGAGACCAUGAUGUCACCAUUUAAUCCUAGUCAAGUUGGUGCACCCUCCUCGUCAACCAUGUAUCUGCAUUCGUCUCAAUAUCCUUGUCAGCGCCCUGGAAUGCCUUUUAUCCACCAUGAACAUGUUCACCAACCCUUUGCACAGUCUCAUCAGCCACCACCUGAUGCAAGUUUUGGAUUGGCCCGGCCCCGGUGAGGGGCAUGGGCCAUGCCUGCACCCAAUCAGCCGGAGGUAUAUGAUAUAUGAUGAUGAGCUGCUGUGGCUCCAAACUUCUUUUAGCUGACUGGAGUGCAGGCAUAUAGGCCGAGUUUGGAUGGUGUGGAUUUGGUUUUGAUAGAUAAACUAACCAACAUUGAUCUAUCCCUCCAAUCUCGGUUUUGCAAGGAUGCUUAUUGCAUCUUCCAUGAGUCCAUGGCUGUGUCCCUUGUAGACACUUUUAUUUUUGUGAGGAGCUUUUAAAGCAUAUAUACUGUUGAUGAAAAUGAGUGAAUUGAGGACCUCUUCAGAGGAAUCAGAGCUGAAGAAGUUUGUGUUUGACUUGGAUGAAGGUAUGCUUUACUUAACCUGUCAUGCGGCUUGACUGAGUAAUUGUUUCCUAUUUAUGCGAGAAGUUCAUCAAUUUCAUUUCUUAAAAUUGGGUGAACGCAUAUAAUGGAAUCAUAAGCCUUACGCUUUUCAUGUAAAUUAUAGUGUGAAACAAUUAUUACUUUAAUGCUUCUCAAGCUUAGCAUAUGUAAUGCUAAUGGAGCAUUGGUAAAGCCACCUUUUAUCGAAUGAAUGUUAAUCAAUAUUGUGUUUUUCUUGUUUUGGCUACAGCUCCCUCAAUAGCUUUAGGGGUUUAGUUAAAGAGCUCAGUCCGUCAUCUGCCUACAGGUUGCAGCAACUUUUCAUGCUGUGUGAUGAAACUGGAAUUUUCCAAGCUCUAGUCACUAGUUGCUAUCGCUAUACUUUACCUCAUGUAUCAUAGUAUAAUACAUAACUAUGGAUAUGAAAUUGUAUAUUUGACUCAGUUCUAACAUUACUUUUUAUGCAUUUCCUUAUUAUCUACAUAUAUAUUAUCAAAUUUUAGAGGGGUCUUUUCGUGUGGAUUAUUUUCUUUCAUUUAUUACCCCUCUAUGUCUUUUUGUAUAGUGUUCCAUACAAUAAGACAACUACAAGGGCCCAAUAUUGGCGGGGUAGAGGAUAAGGGAAGAGGAACCAGAAUAGGGGAUGCAUAUGGGAAUCUGCUUUCCCUAUCUCCUCGUCGAGCAACAAAUUUUAACCAAGGGAGUAAAAAAAAAUUACAAAAAACUUUGUAUCUCUUGUAUCUCACUGCUACACCUAUGAAUCUCAACCAUUUAUCAAAUUUUAUUCCAUUAAUUUUUAGAAUAGUGGAGAUUUUAACUGU